AUCUGCACGAAAUACUAAACCGGGGUCCUAACUGACACUCACAUUGUGAAGAUGGCUGCCUCCCUGUCAGGAUUAUUAAAACCGUGGACACCAAGAGUGUUCUUGGUAAGAUGGAGCAGGUAUAACCCGUACUAUCUGGAGCCAGAGGUCAGGAAGGAGGUGUACAGCAGACCAGAGGCAGAGCUGACUGCUGAGGAGAAGGAACAGCGGCAGCUCAAAGUGCUUCGACCCAUCAAAGCAGCAACCAGCGGAGUCACCAGCUCUGUUUUCAACGACCCAGACCUCAGUAAAUUCAUCAACAUGAUGAUGAAACAUGGAGACAAGAUUUUGGCCAGGACGAUCAUGACACAAACUCUGGAGAAUAUAAAGAGGAAACAGGUGGAAAAAUACCACAAAGCUCCAGAGGGGGAGAAGGACAAGAUUGAGUGCAACCCCUAUACCAUCUUUCACCAGGCUCUGGACAACUGUAAGCCUGUGGUUGGGCUGGCCAGCAUACAGAAAGGUGGAAAGUUCUAUCAGGUACCCAUCCCUCUUACAGACAACAGACGUCGCUUCCUCGCCAUGAAAUGGAUGAUCACGGAGUGCAAGAACAACAAACACAGACGCACGCAUAUGUAUGAAAAACUCUCCCAGGAACUGAUGGCAGCCUCCAUCAAGGAGGGCAACGUUAUCAAGAAGAAAUAUGAGCUGCACAAGAUGGCCGAAUCCAACAGAGCAUACGCCCAUUACCGCUGGUGGUAGAAAGACCCCCCCUCCGGACUGAAACACUGUCAAUUCAAAUGUUCCCUCAUUUUGACAGACUGGACAGAUGCUGGUGGAAAAUUCAGCGACACAUUGUUUUACUGAAACUACAAAUGUAAAUAGUAAACACCAUGAAAAUGCUUUGGUGGAAGGACUAUGCUGUAAAAAGUGCUGUUGAAGAAGUGAAAUGUGUAUAAACAUGGCUUACUGUCACUUUUUGCACUGAGAAAUUGUAUCAUGUACCAUAAACAGUCGCACUCAGUUGUAUCGUUAAUCAAAACACAAUAAAC